AAGCACUCUACUGGCUUUCAUACAAGCAUCUCACACAUCUGAAGAACACAGGGACACAGACAACAGCAAUAUAGCUUUGCUUGUUUUCAUAUUCUAGAAAAAUCUAUAGUAUUGUUUUUGCAUAUUGUGCAGAGGAACCCUUAAAGACACAAGGACUCUACUGUUUAUGCGAAGGUGUCCAGGUGAAGGACUUGGCUUGGUAUGUAAAUCUGGGGAAUAUGGAUGAAUUUGGGGGGUGGAUGGUGCAGUGUGUGUGUGUGUGUGUGUGUGUGUGUGUGUGUGUGUGUGAUUAUCAUGUUUGUUUAAGAUUAGACUGUGAAAAUAUAUGGGGCUUGAUCAUAUAAAGCAUACUGUUUAUAAACAGAAAUGGUGCUGAAAUAAUAUUACAGUGUGCUGCAUUGUUCAAUGAAUCAGCAAGAAUCUAGAGUUCAUUGAAAGUGCGGGCACAGUCAAACUGACCCAAACAUCUAACAAUAACUGGAGAAAUAUGCUUAUACAAAUUCCAGGACAAAGUAAAAAAUAAAAAGUGGUAAAAAUAAAUAAAUAAAAUAGUCUCUUUUUUGUCUAAUCAGUCACACUUAUAGCCUACAACUUGAUUUACUCUGUGAUUGUAAAUUUCUUUUCAAUUAUAUUGAUCUUAUAUUGAUCUUGAGAUUGAAUUUGAGGUUUAGCAAAGGCACUUUUAUUCUUUAAGCUAUCUUAUAUCCUUUAGGGAACUAUGGAAAGAAAGCACCAAGAGUACAAACAGACAAAUAUUGAUCACUCAGUGCACAUUUUCAAAUAUGAGCUUCGGAAUGGCCACCUUUGACCUUUAUGAACACAUUUAAGUUUAAUCACAUCAGCUAGCUUUAACUUAACUAAGUUUUGGACAAAAUCUUAAUUAUGAAUCAUGAUAGAAAACUGAGGUCUGGGAAGAACUUCCAGGAAGCUCCUAACGAGGCCUAUAAAAUAUAUAUUUUUUUCUAAAAAAGCAUUUUUCCCUUCACACAGUAUAUAUAAAGGUCGCUGUAUAAGGAUUUACGUUUAAGGCAUCAAAAAGUUGAAGGUGUUUUUGUCAUCAUACGGUAAGAAAGCAUCUGACCAUAAAUAAAAUGAUAUAUCUUUUCUAAUAUUUAUUAAAGUACAUACAUUAUCAAAUAAGUUAUAAUACAACAGACAAGCAUUCGGUUAGUUGUGUGCAAAUAUGAUAGAAAUGAUCCUGACAUCAUUUUCGCUCUUGCUCUCUAGCGCCAUCCUCCCUUUGCAGGACGCUGAAGGAUUUGUCAAGGUUUUCUCACUGGCUGACUGCUGCAGUUGGACAGACAAUAACUCAGUGUGCCACAGAGACUGAAAUCUUCUCAAAAUGGACCAUCAGGACCACAUGAAUUCUGGACAGGUGGGUGACUCUCCUGGGAACAACUUAGCAUCUGGUGUAGCCAACAUGACCAUCAAUGACGGCCAUCAACAAGACAUGAAGAAUGGGACAGCAGCACAUAUGGGAGCAGGUGACAGUCUAGUGAAAGUUCACCGCUCUCUCAUAGAGGAGACACAAGAACCAACGCCUGAAGUGAGAGCCCAAAACCUUGUUUUAGAUGACUCCGAACCCAAGUCCUUGUUUGAUAAAGAUGUGCCAUUGGAGAGAGGGCGGUUGAGUGUUGCUAAUUCUGCAGUGUUGUCUGUGGCUGUUCCUAUCAUUCUGCCUUCCACGUCAUCAGAAGAGUUAACACCUGGAAGUCCGCCAGAGAGUGGCCGGAGCAGUGCGGCAUCAAUGGAUGGGGAGGGAAAUCAGGAGAAUGGGGAAAGAGAGAGCUCUGUCAGCCCACGGGAAUCACCAAUGUCUCCACAUCCGCUGACGACAACCCUUGCUGAUGGUUUGGAUUCCGGGAUCACAGGCUUCGACAGUCAGCUGAAGAGAAGUCCUUCAGAUAAGAUGUCCGACCAUCAUAGUCCCAGUGGAUCUGAGGAGGAGGAGAAAGAAGAGAAUGAAAUGGAGAAGUCUGAAAGAAGAUUUUCUGAUUCUGUGGAAGAAGCACCUAGAAGAGCUAUCAACAUGAAAGAGGAUAAAGAAGAGGACAAAGAAGAAGUUAGUGACAAAGAGGAGGAAGAAAUAGGAGUUUCCUUGGUGCAAAGUUCUGUGACCCCAGACUUGAGAACCCAGAAAGACGACAACAUUGAUGAUGAACAUGAAACCCCUUCUCAUCUUCCCAUGACCCCAGAGGAAGCUAAAAAACGUGGCCUAUCGUUUGACUACACAGAACCUCAGGAUCCCAGUCAUCAAAGUGGUCCUGUGGGCUGGGAGUGCAGCUCUGACAAAACGCCGCCAGAAAGCAAGAGCCCCGACUCGUGCAGGGCGGAUCCAGGGUCACCUAUUUCCCCCAGUGCUGCCGCCGACCCUAUCCAAGAGGAAUCAUCUCUUACAGACUUCCAAACAGAUGCUCGGGAAGAAGAAGAAGAAGAAGAAGUAGAGUUACCAGAACCAGAACAAGUAGAAGAUGAGCCCACUGUUCCCCCUUUUACCCAAGAAGAUGCUGCACCCAAGAUGGAGCCCAAGGCAGAGGAACAUAUAGAACCUAAAGAAGCAAAAGAAAUCAAGCAGGAGAAAUACUUGGAGACAAGUGACAAUGAUCGCAUCGAUAAGGUCCAGCCUGUUGCCACACCAGAACCUGUUGCCAAACCUGAACCUGAUGUCGCCACAGCUAAAGAUGCCGUUAAGCCCAGCGCCCAAGUAAUGCCCACAAAAGCACCAAGCAAAGCAGCUCCUGUCAAAGAAGCUCCUGCCAAAAAAACGAAGAAACUCGUCGCUACAGUCGUUGCCACUCCUUCCCCCGAAUCUGCUCCUAAACUUCAGAAAACCCCCUCUAAAGAUGCUGCUCCGGCCAGAAAAGCAAGUGUCCCAUCCAAAGCCAAGGCUGGAGUAGGGGCAACUCCUGAAAAAAAGAUACCCACAACAACCUUGCAUGCAAAAGCUAGACCCACUUCUGCCCCCCAAAGAGGGUCUUCAGUCUCAGGCAUCCCCAGCAAAAAGCCCUCAGGCUCCUCAACUCCACCAUGUCGCUUUAGCAGUCCAGGCUCCGCAAACUCUGUAAAAACGCCCAAGUUCAGGGCCACGGCUGGAGAUGCCAAGACGAAGACAGGUGGUGCCAAACCUCAAGGAGUUGGCACCAAAAUCACUGCUGCUUCACGGAUGGAACAGCGAAAGACAGGACCUGGGUCCAUUGAAAGAGCUGACUCACCUAAAACCCCAGACCGUAGUGGUUGCAGCAGCCCGGCCAGUCGGUCCUCCACCCCUGGACAGCAGGUGAAGAAAAUAGCGGUGGUGCGCACCCCUCCCAAAUCACCUGGUUCAUUGAGAUCUCGUGCCCCGAUCGCUCCUGUUGCACCCAUGCCUGACCUGAAGAACGUCAAGUCCAAGAUUGGCUCCACUGAGAACCUCAAACACCAACCUGGAGGCGGGAAGGUUCAGAUAGUGCACAAAAAGAUUGACCUAAGCAACGUCCAAGCAAAGUGCGGCUCCAAGGACAACAUUCAUCACAAACCAGGAGGUGGAAAUGUGGAGAUCAAAUCUGAGAAGUUGGAUUUCAAAGCCCAGUCAAAGGUUGGAUCUUUGGAGAACAUUGGACAUGUUCCUCGGGGUGGACAGAAGAGGAUUGAGAGCCACAAACUAAAUUUCCGAGAGCAAGCCAAAGCGCGCACCGACCACGGUGCUGAGAUCGUGUAUAAGUCCCCCAACAUUUCCACGGAUGGAUCGCCCCGCCGUCUCAGCAACGUGUCUUCCUCCGGCAGCAUCAACAUGACCGACUCCCCACAACUGUCCACGCUAGCUGAUGAAGUGUCAGCCUCCCUCGCUAAACAAGGCCUGUGAGCUGCCCGCCCAAACGUGUCAAUGAUUGACAAAUCAAAAAAAAAAAAAAUCAAAAUGUAUCUCCUUCAGUCCUUUCAAAUAAGGUGCUUGUCGGAUUUCUCCUAACUAAAGGUUGUCCCAGCGGCUUGUCUGCUUGUGAAAUAAUUUUCGCCUCUUGGCAUGGAGGGACAGGUAUUGAUGUUAUUGGCUUUGUAUCAUCAAAAGAAAACAAAUAAUUACAAUUUAAAAGGAGCUGGUGGUGUAUUGAUCCAAAUGGUCAUUUACAGCACUGAGUAGCCUGACUUGUUUCGUUUAAUGCCCUGCUUUUUGGAAAGAAACAACAAUGACAUUUGCUUUCAAAGCUGUAUUUGCUUCGUUGCCUUAUUGUGAAUGUUUUUUUUUCCAUAACUUAUGCACUCCUGUUUUGACAUGCAGCCGUAGGGAAGGCAAACAUGCUACAUGAUUUGGAAUGUGUAGUUAAUAAUGCUAGCUAUGAAUUUGACAGGAAGGGAACAUUUCAAACGCUCGUAGGUAAAACUUGAGGCAAUCAGGCUGUAAGGACACAUAUUUAAGAACAAUAGAAGCCUGCUAUAUAAUUAUUUAAAUCAAAUCCAUCAGCAGGCACUAUAGUGCAUGUUACAGUCCUUAAAAGCUGUUAAAUUCCUUUUAUAAAAGCAAAAAUAAGACACUGAAUAAACAGUUAUUCCGAUCAGGCUAAUUCUAAUAUCAUGAAAUGAAACUUUGGUACCAGACUUUGUCUGUAAAUUCUUCAGAACUACACAUCCACAUCUAUCCUUCACCACAGCAUAUUUUCCAGGCCUGUCUGUCCUCAUGAUGAAUGCACAGGAAGUUGCAUCGCUGAAGGAAAUUGUCUUGCUUGGCCUCUAGUGACUUAUUUGACAGAAAAGAAAGCAAAUGUCAACAUACAAAAUCAUACAAAACAUUGAACUAAAGCUUUUGUACAGGGCUCAACAAUAAGGAUCCCCUCCCCCCAGCUUUUCCCAUUUUAUUUAUUUUACACAAAAAAGUAUUUAAUUUUUUUAGCGACAUUUUAUUUAAAAAAAAAUGUGAUUUAUCUUUUUACGUUUUUUUUUUUAAAUGCAAAUAAAAAGUUUAACAUUUAAUUUCAUAUUAGAAAAAUAUUUUUAAUUUGAGAUUAGCUUUUUAUUUAAUUAUUUAACACAAAUAAAAUAAAAUAAAAAUUGAAAGAGCUAUGAUUUUUUUUUUUUUUACAUACAACUUUUGCUGGAAAACAAUGGUAUUAUUAUGCAAAACCUUACUGGAUACUAUCUAUCUACCAUUGCAUUAUUCUUACAAUUUCAAUAUGUCCAAUACAUCACUUAAUAUUUGAGUUUUCAAGGCAAAAAGUAAUAAAAAAAAGAUUAAAUGAUUAUGAUGGGAUAAAAAAAGAGAUAUAUGACACCAAAUAUAAGAUAAAGUGACAAUUGCUGAAAUGAUUCCAGCCACAGAUAACCUUUCCAUCCUUAUAGUUGAGCUCUGAAGUAGUUUUCCCUGGACAAGCACCAUCUAACCGAAAUCACUGGACGCAUCCCUUCAGUUUUUCAUGACCUUAUCCUCCCUUUAUGGUAACAAAGCUUCUGUACUGAUGGAUUUCAGCCUCUGCGUGUAAAAUGCUGUUACAAAGAUAGUGUGAAUGGACCAAUGCAAAAGACAUGAGAGGAUUUCAAAGCACUCAAUAAAAUAACUGUAACAACAUCAUUACAGGAAAUCUCACAAUAAAAAAGUGCCUCCCAGUGUCCAUUAGCUACAUUUCAGAAAACUGUCAAUGUUGUGAAGAUUUUCUUUGGUCUAAGACAGAUUCAGUCAUGUACAACAGCACAGAGAGAAUUCAUUUGGUCUGAAAUACGAUGCAGAACAUUUAACACAUAGCCAAGCUUCCCUCAGUACUAAAGCCUUCAAUCCAAACCACAGUGCUCACACGUUGCACAUUCCCAGCAUGCAAUAGACAGACUUCACCCAUGGUCUUGAAUAUAGUAGCCAGUCACCACAUCCCUGUCCAGCUGUUUAGAUUACUACCUUUACUAGACUUUAAGAGCGUUGAACUCAUCUUAAAACAAUGAAAAGAAAUGAAAAAAGUGGAAGAUAUGAAAGGAACAAAGCUACCUGCUAAAGUCCAGGUUUAUGUUGCACUCUUUUUUUUCUAAUUGUAUUGUGUGGACGAUGUAAAAUGUACGAAUGCGUUCAGAUGAUCUGAUUUGGAUCUGACACUAAGCUUUUUAUUUAAUAUCUGCAGUGCACUGCAGCUUUAUGCGCAUUUGAAAGUGAAUGCACUGAUUUGACAUGAGAGCUGCCUCAAACUACAUUGCUCAUUAAGAUGUAUAUCUUGCAUAAAAAAAAUAUAUAUAUACAAAUAGGUAAAAUAGGGGUAAGAAUCGCAUCCAGAAUCCACAAUAUCAGUAAAAGACUUGCCAAGUGCCACAUAUAUCUUACAUGACCCCGUGAGAAGCUUUAGACGGAUUGCUGUAAACCCAACACCGCGUCCUCUUUACAGCAUGCUGCUAACAUAAACCUGAGCAUUUAGACGUGUGGGUUAAGCUGAAGAACAGACUUAUCAGAUAAAAUGUUUAAAAAUGGCACAGGAUAAGGCCUUCUAAGUAAUUCUACCCUUUAGAUGUGUUUCAAACGGUUCUGUAAUCUGUUAACCAGUUCUGAGGACUAUCUCCUCCGUUUCAUUUCCCGCCUCUGCUCUUCUUCUCAUCGCAGUUCUUCAUUCUAGCUUGACGGUUGUGAUUGUCCUUAUCGUAAUGUGUUUUAUUAAUUGGUUUACACUGAUACUCCUUGCUGUAAACGUGAAUUUGGAAAUAAAGUCCGUAUUAAACUGC